ACAAUAUAUAGCCCCUCGUUUGUUGUCCUCUUCUCCCUCCCCGCCUCGGUUUACCGGGCAGCUCUGUUUGACGAUAUAUAUUGUCAAACAGAAUAUAUAUAUACAUCGUCAAACAGAACCGCAAUGCAAUGAGCCCAGACGUGAUGAUACUCGUCAACAUUACCAGUCCCUAUGAUUAUCGAUCUGCUGAUGAAAUGACAAACAAUCGUAAUAUGUGUGAUGAUAGAAUGAGGUAUCUACGUGAUUUUGAAAUGGAGACGAUUGGGAUGAAGCCAACUGGAAGGAACUGUACUGCCCAAGGAUGCAAGGGGAAGCUUUUUGACACAACUCUGGACUGGGAGGAUGAGCUGCCUCCAAAUGAGCUUAAAGCAGCCGAGAAGCACUGCCAGAAUGCUGACCUGGUAUUAUGCUUGGGAACUAGGUGAGCACAGUGAUACCUGGUGUGCCUUCUUGUUGAUCCAAAACUGUGCAGAAUUCUGACCAAGAAAUGAUGAUCCUUGCGUUGGUGAGCUAUGUUAUGAUCCAGACGGCCCGGGACCCUAGGGGUUCACCCAUAUCCCAUCCGGGCCGUCCUGGUCAGGCAAGGGCCGGAAAAGGCCAAGCAGUCCCACUGCACGAAGAGAAAAAAUACAAAAGAAAAACAAAAAUGCAAAACAAUC